AUGGCUGACGAAGUCAAUCUUGGUCCGCAGCCUGACUUCAACAUCAUUGCUACCGAGAUACUGAAGAUACCAAAUAUACCUUCACUUGACGGCGGCCAGCAACUUCUCGCCGAGCUUCGUGCAAUAAGGGAGCAGUCAACGAGAGACACGAUGACAAUUCGACAAGACAUGAUGACAAUUCGACAAGACAUGAUGGCAAUUCGACAAGACAUUGCAAAUGUUCGCCAAGAGCUUGUGACUGUAAUUACUGCGUCAAAUCACAACAAUACAGCCCGGGUUCAGAAUACAUACCUUCAAAGUCAAAACGACAAUCUUGUAUCGUUUAUCAACGCUACUACCGGUGCCGCAAUCCCCGAAUUUCCUCAAACCUCAUUGGAACUCGAACGAAUGGGAAGAAGACGCUUAGAUUCUGUACUACAACAACUGGGUAUUCCUACGCAGGGUGCAGAUUUGGCGGAUAAGAAGCGGGUGCUCAGAGCUUACAUCGGGUUACCAGAGGUCACAGGCUCACCACCUCCAUAA